GGGUGAUACCGGAAGUCCUGUUGUUCACGGAACAGCACCUCCUGACUCCGGAGGAGGAACCUGAACUUCAGUACUGUGUGUGAACCUCUGACAUGUCAGACUCUCCAGUCCGUGGAUCCCCCACUCUCAGCAGAGCUCGGUUCUGAGACUGUAGCGGACCUCUGCGGGUCAGUUUGGACUCUUUUAUUCUUCCGGAAGCUUCCUUAUUCAGUCAUGUCCGGAGCGUUAGCGCGGCUGCUCUUCUACCCGACCUUAGCCUACAAUGUUGCCAUGGAGAAGGUGUCCUCGAGACGGUGGUUCGACCGCGUGGACGACACCGUGAUCCUGGGGGCUCUGCCGUUCAGGUCCAUGACUAAACAGGUGAGACUGACCCCCCCUCAGGUACACCUGUCUGUGACGUCAGCUCUGCCUGUGUUCUUACCUGAGAUACAGGUGAAGGUACCUGUGGACCUGAACUCUGUAAAUCCACCCUGACCUGGUUUAGGUGAUUUAAUUUAUUAAUUCAGAUUUAAACUGGGAGUAAACCGAAGCGUGAGGAGCAGGAGUUCAUAAUAAAGUUAUUAAACUUUAAUUAUGUAACAGCUGACUGAAAUGACAACAUCUUCAUAAUCAGAUUUAUGGACCAAGAAUUAGACCUGAACCCUGUGAAAGAAGGUGAAGAACUAAAACAUUAAUUAAUGUUGUAAUUAAAUCAGCAUGUGAGGUAAAUUAAAGCUCAUUAAAGUCUCUUUAACUCACAGUUUCAGGUGUGUUUACUGUCUGAGUUUAAACUGAGAACCAGUUCAACAGAGCCUGUUUACACUACAUCUGUUUGUUAUUCAUGAUGUAGUUAAAUCAAUGGUUCUCAACUGGUGGGUCCCGACCCGAAAGUGGGUCGUGGACACAUUCUGGAUGGGUCACAAACAGCUGGUCUAAAAGUAAAUAUUUAAUGCGGAUCUGAUGUUUGACAUGUCUUUUAUUUUGGAAAAUUAUCUUUGAAAGGCACGUGUUAUAUCGUGGUCCUCCUCGGUUUCUUAUUAAUGUGGCUUGAAUGCAGUAAAAUCAUGUUUUUUUUAUGGUCUUUAUUUUGUACAAUUUCAUAUUUAUUCACUUUUGUCCGCUCUGAAUGCAGAGAUACAAAUAAGUCACAUUUUUCAUUUUGCUGGUCUCCAUUUUGUUCAAUUAGAUUUUUGAUAUUUUCUGUAUCUGCAACUUUAGUAGUUGUCGUCCUCAGUUCAUGUGCUCUGAAAUGCACUUUACUCAAUAAAAACGGUGUAUUUAUGUUAGAGAUUUGAGUCUUUAAAGGUUCUUUUUAAAUAAAAACUAAAUUUUCUUGGUUUGAAUUUUAUAAAAGUGGGUCGUGACUGAAGGAUGAUGGGAAAAUUUGGGACCCAGAGUCAGACCAGUUGAGAACCACUGGUAUAAAUGCAUGGCCAUUAAAACUUGGACUUUACCACAGAGGAAGGUAAAAGUAGAAACUGUAGGUUGAAGAUAAAUGUUCACAUAUCUGUAAUAAACUCAGACUUCUGUGUGGUGAUUUCUGCAGUUAUUCACAUUAGGAUCAGCUGUGACAUGAACACAGUUUCUACCAGUGAAAACAAAACAGUAACAAAGGAGGAAACUCUACACGCCAAGUCUUCAUAAUUCCAGAUUACACAAUGUGAAGUACAGGAGGCGGCUGAGAAAGGCCGUUUAAUCUUUUAAUGAUUUGAUCCGUCAGAAGAAAAUUAACCUGCAGCAGCUUUCAGAAAUAAAUCAAUAACCUGAGUCAUAUGUCAGCACGCACACACACACACACACACACACACACACACACACACACACACACACACACACACACACACUGUGAUAAACAAGAAAUUAUAACUAUGAGGAUUAAUUUAGAAACUAUGACAGCCAAAGCUGCCUCUAGGAUAAAUAAAGUUGAUGUAUUUGGACAAUAACAAGGUUAUAAAUGUCUUUUUUCUAGCUGAGAGAGGCAGCAGUGUUUUUUAUUUUUUCAGUUCCCCUUUACCGUGAACUUUAUGCGGUUACUCACCUCUUAUUCACUUUCACAUCAAAUGAAUAACAUGUAUGUUGUAUAAGAGAUUUCAGUUCGAAAGUUAUUGAACUAGUAGACCUGACUCCUUGACUCCUAAAUCCUGAAGUUUGUCCUUUUCUUGUGUUUCAGCUGGUGGAAGCAGAAAACGUCCGGGGCGUCAUCACCAUGAACGAGAUGUAUGAAACCAAAUACUUCUGCAACUCUGCUGAGGUGAGACUCUUUCACCUGGAUUUACACCCUCAGCUUCAAGACUCAGCCAGGAACUCAUGUGACUAAAGGCUGGAAAUGAAAACAGUAUUCAGCGUCUGGUCAUUAGAAAAAAUAGCUCUGGUACUCAUGGGUUUUUUUGUAGACAUGCACUGUGGGAAAAUUCAGGAAAACUUCAGGGACUUUCACUUGAAUAUUGACCUGACUGUGCUGUUUAUCUCCUCCGUCAGACGGGGGCACAGAGGGCGUUUCAGGAGGCCGACUGUCGGGUUUUUGAAUAAAGUAUUCAGAGACAAGAUAUCCGACAGGUUUUGAGUGAUUAUUUUACAAUUUUACUUUAAAUUUUUGUCUUUAGUUCAUGUCAUUUUUCUUACACAUUUGGCCGUUUUCUGCUCCUAUAAAGUAAAUUUGUUGUUUAAUCUGAACAUUUAUGAUAGAAACAGAACAUCUUUGUUCGACUGAAAUCUAAAGGGACAAUCUUAUGUUCUGUGAAGUUAUAACAGACAUCGAUUUGUAUUUUUGUGCAUAAAUAAAGACUGAGAAAGUUGAAUAUUCAGUCAUGAGGUUGUCAGACUUCUGCAGUAAACAUUUUUAUGCCACAGAAGAACUGCUGUCACCUUUUGGCACAGUCAUCUGAUUUCUAACCCUGAUCGCAGAAGUGAGAGUGUCUUCUUCUUCCUCCUUGGUUAAUGUCAUGUGAUUGGCUGCAGGAGUGGCAGACUGCAGGGGUGGAGCAGCUGAGGUUAAGCACAGUCGACCUCACCGGCGUCCCCAGUCUGGAGAACCUGCACCGAGGCGUGGAGUUCGCCCUGCAGCACCGAGAGCAGGGGAACAGCGUGUACGUCCACUGCAAGGCCGGACGCUCCCGCAGCGCCACACUGGCCGCUGCAUACCUCAUACGGGUCAGUAUCUGUUUGGAGGGGGAGGAGCUCCUUAUUGAUCUAUCGCUCAGAUUCAGUAAAACUGAUCGUAUUUUUUCUGCCCACAGUUACACUGCUGGACUCCAGAGGAAGCCUGUCAGAAGCUGGCGUCUGUCCGGCCGCACAUCCUGGUGCGCUCGGCUCAGCUGGAGAUGCUGAGGAAAUACUACGAGGAGGUGUGUGAGCAGUCUGGGUGAGGAAGAAGAGCGAAGAAGUCUUCAUCAGCCGGAUGACUGGACUCAGAAACGAAACAAAGGCGACACAUCUUUAAGUUCGCCUGCUGAAGAAAACGCCAGCCUUCUUCUUUUUACUCUGAACAUAAAUUCUUCUGAGUUUUACCAGGUGAUGACUGACUUUAACCAGCUGAUCCAGGUCGUAUCCGGCAGCAGAAAAAGUCCGUUUCUACACUCAGGAUUCGUUUCAAUCUCUCAUCAAAAAAACACUUUCUUUCCUGUUACUGAAACUGUUAAUUCUCCAAAUAAAGUCCAUGAACUGUAAACACUCUGAAACUCAUGAAACCCUCUGAAGCGUUUGAUUUCUCAACAGGUCGCUCUGAAAGCCUUUACAGAACGUCUUUGCAACACGGCUCGUGAUGAAAACGAUCAAACGCUUCGGUUUAAAGUGUCGCUGCUGUUUUUACAGUUACUGUGUAUGAAAGUUUAACCCUCUGUUGCUCAUAUUUUUGUAUGGCACCUCAUAACUUUGAAGAACUGCAGUGAUUUUAAAUAAAAGUAUUUGUGAGACAUAAACAGUC